UGGCAUUUUCUCAUUACUGACUCUUACUAUGACGCGAUUCUAGAACUCGUAAAGGCGCAGCAGGAUCUAACAGUAUCUUGGUCAGAACUGAGACGCUCGGGUGGCUGGAUGCUGCCUUUUAUACGAUUUCGGCCCCAACGUCACAUCUCUCGUCCCUGCGCCUCUUUUCCCUUGCGCUCGGACGAUCUAUUCACCAUGUCGUUCCUCGCCUUCGGUCUCAUCGGCAACGUUCGACUCGGAGGGUUUGGACGUCGACAGCGAUUCCUCUCAACUUCAACUACAUACGCACGUCUGAUCUCCUUUCGUCCUGGGAUGAGCGACGCUCGACGGAGACUUCAAUGGGCGUCAUCUCGCGUCACCACAUUGCAAGAAGUCGUCGCGUAUUCAUUAUUUGGUAUCUUCAGUGUCCAUGUCCACCUACAGACAUCACCAUCCUCGACUGGGUCGGACAACCUUCCAAGUUCAACAGCUGUCUUCCGGCCUAUAUCACUUCUUACGCCACUCCUCCACACACCCUUCCAUCCCUGUCCGAACGUUCUCCUCCUUGUCUUCUUCCCUUCACCUGCUCUCGUCCAUCGUCCGUAUUCGUCUGAGCCACGUCAGCAGUUGCUGACGUGUGCUGGGUGUUUGCGCAUGGUGUUCGUGGUGUUGGGAACAGCAUGGUGGAGCUCGGACAUCGGUUUGGGCCGCGGCUUGCACGGGCCUAAGCCCCAGCUUUGGGCCGGCUUGGGCUCACGGCUCAGGCUUGAAAUCUGCAUCAGGAAAAAGGGAAAAAGUCUUAGCCAUCUUACCUCACUUACAGAGACUUAA